AUGACGGCCGCCACCGUUAUUGCCAUGCCGUCCAUCCCUGGGAUUCAGAGCCCCUUCACUGUGGGUGAUAUGGACAUGUCCAACACCACGUACAAUGGGCUCCCUCGCAUCCACUCCGAUACGAGCGUCAGCCACGACCAUGUCAAAAAGCUUGAGACUAUAAUCGCUCAGUACAACCUGCGUGAAAAGCUGGGUAUCCACCUGCUUCACAACCACGAGGACAUUCCAAAUGGGCAGAUCAAUCUCGAGACGAAGCUGAAGACCAUUCCAGUUCAAGAUGGUCAGGCCAUGGAGUCCGCUGCCGAAGUCGAAGUGGGCAAGUACGGAACAAUCGUGUUGCCCAAGUCUAUGGUAGAUGCCGCGGAGCUCGCUGCUACGAGGUGGCCCAAUACCAGCCAGCCUUACGGCCCCGAUGCAAAACCGGUACCGGGUACCCAUUGGGCUAAAGUGAAGGUUAGGACCGAGGAGACUCACAGGGUUUUUGUUGAUCAGGUCGAGAACGAAAAUCAACUGCUGGAUAAGUUGGUUCGCCCGGGAGUUAUCGAAGUCUGA